GUAAAUCAUUUUUAUUUUUUUAAUAAUUUUAUUGUCUGAAUAAACGUUGCAAUUUUUAAAAUCAUUAUUUUAUUCAUAUUGGAAGGACAUAAGAAAAAUAAUACUGUUAUCAUCAAAGACGAUUUAAACUAAAUGAUCUAUAGCUAAAUAUUGAAACUAGGUUAUUCAGCUACCAGCUUUGAAUUGUGAUAAUUCAUAAUUUAAUUUUUGUAAUUGUUGCUGAAGUUUUAAUAAAAUGGGAGUACCGAAAUUCUUUAGAUACACCAGUGAAAGGUAUCCGUGCCUUAAUGAGUUGGUUAAACAAUAUCAGAUACCCGAUUUUGACAAUAUGUAUUUGGAUAUGAAUGGAAUCAUACACAAUUGCUCCCAUCCAGAUGAUUCUAAUCCACAUUUUCGUAUCACUGAAGAAAAGAUAUUCAAAGAUAUCUUCCAUUAUAUUAGUAUUCUAUUCCAAAUAAUAAGGCCUAAAAAACUAUUCUUUAUGGCAAUUGAUGGUGUAGCUCCAAGAGCGAAAAUGAAUCAACAAAGAGGAAGAAGAUUUAGAUCAGCAAGGGAAGCUGAAAGCUUAGAAGAAAAAGCAAAAGCAAAAGGCGAGGUGUUACCUACUGAAAAAAGAUUUGAUAGCAACUGUAUCACACCGGGAACAGUUUUUAUGGCACGCUUACAUGAACAGCUCAAGUAUUUUGUUAAGGAUAAAAUCUCAAGUGAUCCAUUGUGGUCAGAUGUCAAAGUUAUAUUAUCUGGACAUGAGACCCCUGGUGAAGGAGAACAUAAGAUAAUGGAUUACAUUCGUUGGUCUCGCUCCCAGCCAGAUUAUAAUCCAAACACACGCCAUUGCCUCUAUGGUUUAGAUGCAGAUCUCAUAAUGCUGGGCAUGUGCACACAUGAACCACACUUUGCGUUGUUGAGAGAGGAAGUGAAAUUUGGAAGAACAACACAGCGCUCAGCAAGUCCUCAAGAAACAAAUUUCUAUCUUCUCCAUUUAUCAUUAUUAAGAGAAUACUUAGAGCAAGAAUUUAUAUCUAUUAGGGACAAGUUACCUUUCGAAUAUGAUAUAGAAAAAAUUGUUGAUGAUUGGGUGCUAAUGGGCUUCCUAGUUGGCAAUGAUUUUAUACCCCAUUUGCCAAAUAUGCAUAUCAGUAAUGAGGCAUUACCUCUUUUAUAUAGUACAUAUAUGACUGUUCUUCCAACCUUGGACGGGUAUAUAAAUGAAGCGGGAGAUCUGCAUUUAGCGAGAUUUGAGAUAUUUAUGCAGGAAUUGGCAAAAAUAGAUAAAGAGAAGUUUCAAGAUACAUAUGCAGAUCUCAAAUAUUUUGAAGCAAAGACUGGUAGAAGACCUAAUGCUAUGGAGAGAAAAGAGUAUAAACCGAACAAUGAUGAAACAUUUAAUGUAAAUGUAGAUGAUAUAAAGGCUAACAAACCUGAUGACGAAUUGCAAGCUCUUAUUAAUGCUACGCAAGAUAUGCUAAUGAAUGACGUGGAUGGAAUUGACUCAGACUAUGAAGAAACAAGUGAUGAGGAAGCGAAUAUCGAAAUGGAGUUUACAUUACACAAGAAGGACUAUUAUAUGAAUAAAUUGGACUAUUCUAAAGUAACAGAUGAAGUAUUAGCAGAUCAAGCAGAAGGUUACGUAAAAGCGAUACAGUGGAAUCUCUUCUACUACUACAAGGGUUGUCCGUCUUGGUGUUGGUACUAUCCACACCAUUACGCUCCAUACAUUUCAGAUAUAAAAGGAUUCAAGAAUCUUGAGAUAAAAUUCGAACUUGGUGAACCAUUCAAGCCUUUUGAACAACUUUUAGCGGUGUUGCCAGCAGCAAGCAAACAUUUACUGCCAACACCGUUUCAUGAUCUGAUGACAGAUGAAGAUUCUCCCAUCGUCCACUACUACCCAGUACUGUUUGAAACUGACCUCAAUGGCAAAAAGAACAGCUGGGAGGCUGUAGUUCUAAUACCGUUCAUUGAUGAGACAAACCUUCUAUCAGCAAUGGCUCCUUGCUAUCAGAGAUUAACAGAAGAGGAAUUGAAACGCAACACACACGGACCUAUGCUUGUAUAUACAAGGACUGCUGAAAACUUAGGUCUAGAAGUUGCACCAGAUUAUUUCUCACCCAUACUUGAGAAUCACGCGAAAGAAAUAGCGGUCUGGCGAAAUGAGCUCGAUGUUCCUGCCAGCGAGCUCAAGAGGGGAAUGUUGCCUAAUGUGGACAGAGAGUUGUUGUACCCCGGCUUCCCCACCAUGAGGCAUUUGAAAUACAAGACGAGUCUAAAGAAAUGCAAAGUAAAGGUUUUCGAUCAACCGUCUCGUAACGAGAGUAUGAUAGUGGAAAUAAUUCCAACCGAAACCACAGACCCGUUACUAGAAGAUGCUGCUCGGAAGCUCCUGGGCAAGAUCAUAUGGGUCGGCUGGCCGCAUCUCACACAGGCCAAAGUGAUAUCAGUAUCAAAUGAGAAGUUUCGUCUUCACCACAUCGACAAGCAGAACAACAACCUGGAUGGUGUAAACUUCUCCACAGAGCCCAAUGUUGGCAACUUGCACAAGCAGUGGAUAUCUGAGCGGUCAACUAUCAUUGAACACAACUUGAAUCGUCUCGGCAUAGAAUUGGGAGAAGUCAACGUUAUUGUUCACGCUUUAAAUUUGAAAGGCUACAAGUACGUGGUGGAAGACAACGUGAGCAUGGCGCUGGAGGAGCAGUGGUGCGAGGUGAGCUGCGGAUACGCGCUGCAGGCCACGGUGGCCACGCUGCCGGGAGCGCAGCGCCCGCCCGCCAGGUAUCUCACGCCGCAGCAGGCCUACCCGCCCGGUGACCACGUCUUCCUGCUGACGCCAGGACAGUACUACGGCUGUCGUGCCACCGUGGUGAGCGCGGACACGCUGCGCAGCGGGCGCAUCAAGGUGUGCGUGCGCGAGCAGCCCGAGCCGCGCCCGCGCGCGCAGCCCGCCGUCUGCGCCUACCGCGCCGCGCACCACGCCGCCGCCGCCUGCGGCAUAUCAACUCAGAUGAUGUCCCGCAUAACGGGUACUGUGCUGGUUGUCUUGGGCGAGCGAAACGACUUGCCUACUGAGGGGCAAAGCAAAGUCAACGUGGGGCUAAACCUUAAGUUUAAUAAAAAGAACCAAGAAGUGUCGGGAUACACGCGACGCUGCAAGCUAAACAACUCGUGGCUGUACACGGAGCGCUGCGUGAACCUCGUCAAAAACUACGCGCAGCAGUUCCCAGACCUCUUCGACAAGCUCGCCUACUCGCCCAACUGCGACGUGUACUUCGAGAGCGAUCUCUGGCCGCAGGAUGUCGGCAAGGACAAGCCGCAGGAAGUGGUGCAGUGGCUGAAGAGCCAGCCGCACGCGGGGGCGGCGCGGCGCGAGUGCGGCUCCGAGGCGCUGGAGCCCGAGGAGAUGCGCGCGCUGUGCGACGACCUGCAGCGACAGCUGCAGCUGCUCAGGGGACAGGAGAAGAACGUCACCUUGCACGUCAAGUGGAACCUGCUCUAUAAGGCGGAGCUGCAGCUGGGCAGCGCGGGCGCGGAGGCGGGCGCGUGCCGGCUGUACGACCGCGUGGUGUGCGUGGCGGGCGCGGCGGCGGGCGCGCGCGGCACCGUGGCGGCCGUGCUGCGCGCCGCCGCGCACAACACCGUGCGCCUGGCCGACCGCCUCAACGCGCAGCCCGCCUACCUCGUCAUGCUGGACGAGCCCUGCGCCGCCGCGCACGGGGACGACCUCUUCCCGGAGCCGCGCUUCUACAGGACGAUGCCGCACAACCUGCUCAACAUAUCGGCCGGACGGAAGCUGCGCGAGACGGUGAGCGAGACGGAGCCGUUCUCGUACAGCGCGCCCACGGUGCUGCGGCGCGACGGGCAGAACUCCGCCUUCGCUAGUUAUAGUCCUCCGAGAGAACUUAAGACUCCUGUCGCAGAGAAACGGACUAACGUAACGAACAACAAUAUGAGUAAUAGACCACCUCAGCCGCAAGAUAACGCUACAAAUCUUCUUAGAAGCUUGCUCAAAAUAAGCGAAAGUGAAACAGAAGCCAGCAAAAAGAACAAUAAGGCACAAACUCAUCAAGAACAGAACUCGAGUUGGCGCAUUAAAAACAACUAUCCAAGUACUUCCUCGCCGAAUAAACCACAGCAACAGAAUUGGCGUAAAGAUAACUCAUAUAAUCGACCUCAGCCUCAGCCGUACAAGGAGUGGACUAAGUCUUCGUACAAGCCGCCGUUCCCGAACUUCGUGCCGGAAAGCGUGUUCCCCGUGCACCUGCCGCCGCCCGCCUGGACGCAGCCGCCCGCCCCGCAGAACAUGAAAAAGAUCCCGACACCAAGUCAAUCCGUUUUCAAUGUUAGAGCUAUUCAGAGCACAAACAACGCGGAUAAAUUGAGCAACCCAUUCGUACCACUGCAAGUGCAGACGGGUCAACGGCCGCGCCGCGCGCCGGGUGCGAGCGGCUCGAGCGCGGGCCCCCCCGCGCCCCCCGCUCUGCUUCUCGCAGCGCCCGCCGCGCCCGCGGCAUCCUCCGCGCCCGCGGCGUCCUCCGCGCCCGCCGCGCCCGCCGCG